AUGAGUGAUCUUAUUUUCUUAAGUGUAGUUAUAGGUUACGAAGGCUACAUUUUUAUUUAAGUUCUUGGCUAUAAAGUCCAUGAAUUGAAGUCGCUUGUCAAAAUUUGUCUUGAGAUAGAGAUUAAACAGCAUCUUAUGAAUGAUUUGACUCAAGUUCAAAUCUUAUAAUUUAAAGUCAUUACCAAGACUAUCUAUUCAUUGAUGGGAAUCUCUUAGUUCACCUCUAAUGUCUCUGAAUUAGAUAUGACCUUUUUCUUUUUCUUAAUUGAAAUGAAACAGAAUUCUUUUAAAUUGAAUCUACCUGAGGUUAAUACUUCUUCUUAAUAAACAACUAUUUAUUCAAAUAAAGCAAGGAGUUCAUUUCUAAGUAAAUUAAUCAAGCAAAAACAAGACUAAAGCAAAUUCGAAAAUUCGGAUAAAAAGACUCCAAGAAAAGAGAAUACAAAAGUGCAAAUUUCUCUUCGAAAAUCUCAAUCGUAAGGUAACAUACAGAGUGUGUGGGGGUAUUAUGGCCAUGGCUCAUCUACUUCAAGAAAGUAUUAUACAAACUCAUUAGGUUUUGAUAAAGAUGAAAUUUAAUAAUCAUCUACUUCAAACUUGAACACAGACAGAAAUAUUGGAGAAAUAUUCAAUAAUAAAGCUAUCAAAGCUUUAUAAUACUCAGAGUCAGGCUCAAUAAUAUCGAUGCCAGUUCCAAAUUAAUCUCAAAACUAGCAUGACUUGUCUAUAAAGAUUAGAGGAAUAAAGAGGGAUAAUAAAAAAAGACUUAAGAAAUUAAAACUUACUCCUAUUUCCUCAAGAGUUUAGUCAGUUAAUGAAAAAUCUCAUAUAGGAAGAUAAAUUCUCUAAUAGAUGAAGGAUUAUUCAUAAUUCUAGUAAGAGAAUUAAAUAAAAACUCUCAGCUAGAAAUAAAAUGUAAAGGCUAAUGAUGAUAGUGAAGAGAUAGAGUUAGAGUAAUUUAUGAAAAUGGACCUUAAUGAUCCAGAGGAAUAGGUUAGCUCUUUAUAUAACACUAUAGCUUAGAGUAAGAUUGGCCUCAAAAGAAUGGAUUCUGAUAUAAAUGGUGAUGAUCCUAAUUAAUUCGUUUUUAAGCCAGAUUUUAACAUUAGAUAAUGCAAUUAUCUAUUUGUGAGAGCUGUUGAGAGUAAAUUUAAUGAUGAUUUGAAGCCAUAAUAUGUGAAAGAAAUGGAAGUUGGACAUUCAACCAUCUUAGGUGGGGAAAAGAAUGAUGAAGUAUAAGCUCUUAAAGGGUUUAAGAAAUCAGAAUUAGUCUUAAAAUAAAUCAAAUAAUAGCUGAAAUCGAGGAGAACAGAUGAUGGAAAAGCAAUAUCUACAAGAUAGGCUAUUUUAAAUAAACAAUAAGAAUAGUUGGAUUAAUCUAAGAAUGGAAAACAAGCAGGAAGUAAUUCGAGAAUGUCUCAUGAGCCUAUACUUGCGAGAGAUCUACAAAACUAUUAUUCAUCUGAAGAUAACUUUUAGGAUGACCUGCCUUAUGAUCUGUAUAAUAUGGUGGAAAUGUACAAACAAAUAUCAAAGGCUUAAGUCCUUCCAUACUUUUCAGAAAUCAAGCAUGAUGAUCUUAGAAACUUUUAAAAUCUAAGAAAAUACAAACAUAAGAUGCUAGAUAUAAAUACUGAGACAAAUAGAGAAUUUCUAGAAGGCUAGUAUCAUAAGCUACUAGAAAAGAGACUAACUGAUUAGUAGAAGAGUAUAACUGAAUAAAACAGUAGAUUUGCAAGCAUUGAAAAAUACAACGGCCACUAUGACAUUUCUUCAAUUAAGAAGAAACUUAGAAAGAAAGAAAUAGAGACUCUAAAUGAAAAAGUAAAGGAGAAACUGCUUAAUGAUUUUCUUCCAUACUACACACUUAAGUCUGGAGGAAAAUAACCAAAAGAUCUACUAAAAGAAAUGAAAUAACAAAAGAAGCAAAAUGCUUUAAAUUAUAAUCAAAAUAACUUUUGA